GUUCGCCGGUUGUGACAAAGUGACAACUGAGCGAUGCAUAGAUCAGAAGAUCUAAAGCGUAGCUCAGAGACAACUGCCCUUGCGGCGAGUAGACACAGUGUGAGACUAAACGACAGACACUCAACCACGCUUCAGAUAAGGUAAUCUAGAAACUUGCAUAUAUGUAGAUACGUUUAACAUAUAAAUAGAUUAAGACUUGCUGAUCGAUUGGCAUUCAGCGGCUUGAAUCGGCACAAAGUGAAUCGUAGCGUCGGCACAACAAAAACCUCAUAAGAAUACAAAUAUAAAUAUACGACUAUAAACUAAUACAAGUGGUAAAAGUUAUGCUCUAAUUCACACACGUUUAAAAUAGUGUUAGCAUAACGCGUAAAACGUUUUGAAAGUAAGAAGAGACGAUAUCGAAAGUGAAACUAACGAUAACAAAUAAAUAAAGGGAAUUACUACAAACAAGAGACUUUUAAGAAGCUGUAAAAACUAAAUUGAAACAAAAUGACUUCUGCUAUUAACAACAUACUGCAAAGUUUGGGUCUCAAUUCGGCGUCGAAAAAAUCUAACAGUACUUCCGCAAACCCAGUGCUACAUAAAACAUUUCCACAGGAACUCAGCAAUGGCCUACUACCACGCGGCCUUGCCGAAAUACCACUGUCCGUUGUUGCACAACACGAUGAGUACUCAGACUGUUGGAUUGUCAUUUACGAUCGCGUUUACGACGUCACACAGUUUCUACGCGAUCAUCCCGGUGGCGAGGAUAUCAUAAUGGAGCAUGCAGGCCGUGAUGCAACUUUGGCUUUCCAUGGCACCGGACACUCACGAUCGGCGAUCGAACAAAUGAGCGACUAUCUGAUUGGUGAAUUACCGCCCAAGGAGCGCAUUUUCAGAAAUGGCAAUGCGAAAGUGUUGUCUAUUGACGUGCCACAGUGAAAGUAGAGAGAGGAAGUGUUUGAGAAAUGAUCACGCUACUCAAUGUAAAUCGCUCACAUGUAUGAUAAGACAGACAUACAUAUGUAGGUAUGAAAAGCUUUUUGCUCACUCUUGCUGAUACUAGCACUACACUCACUUGUUCCUAUAUACAAUUUGGUGUCAGCAUAGCUGAUAACCGAUUCAAAUUAACUAGUGUCCAGCCGAAUCUUAUCACUUUUGGCGAAGAAAAUCUACGCAUCAAUGAACCCCAUGAUCCAGUAGUAUAAAUAUUCCAUAUAAUUUAGGAUAUGUGAGUGAUUUAGAACAUUAUUUCAGAAGUUUAACGAAGAAAUUCAUAUAACUAAAUAUGCAUAGAUUAUAAUUACAAAGUAAUCAGAGCUUUACAUUUUACAUUCCGUUCAAAACUGCUGGGAUUGUGAUUCUAUAGCAGUCUUCAAUGUAAUUACUCUUUACAAUGUAGUAUUGUUGAUGCCUUUAUAUGUUAGCUACGUAGUGUACUUAAGUAUCAUAUAAAUUAAAAACUGAACAUUCAAAUAGAAUUUUAGUGCCGUAACAUUACUGGCCAAUAAUUAUAUUAAAAAUUAUAUGAGCAAAUGUUGUGUUAAUGUUAUACCGUUAUAUAAAUCUUAUUUGAUUAUUUAUUUUAAAAAAUAUUUACGUGGGAAAACGUAAAGUUCUGUAAACAUUUAUUUCCUAGCGCUAGUUUUAAUUUAAUGUAAAUGAUGUUUCUUACACCGUCCCUCCAAAAUGUACAUAAACAUAUAUAAAACUUUAAAAUAUUUGAAAAUAAUAUUUAAUCAAACAAAAACUAAA